UCAGAUCCUUCAAGCAAAGUACCUGUAGUACCGGUAGUCAGUAGUAGAGGAAGUACCAAACUUUCAAAGAAGAAUCUCGAGCACCUUCGCUCAACUACCAAAUCCAUUAGCAGCGCUUGCCCAACAAUCAUCACUCGUCAUCUUCUCACAAUUUGCAUUUGAAAGCUCUCAACCUACAAAGAGAACGAAACAAACAUCCCUGCAUUUCAAGUAUCCACCAUGUUUUCUCCCAAAGAGUUCUUGCGCCAUCCAACCGAGUAUGUUCAGAACUACCGCGAAUAUUGCACUGCCCUGAAUGAGAUGAGAGAUUAUGAUGAGGUCCUGUUGGAUGCCAAUAGCUACUUCAAGAAGGUUGCCCAUGUCCUCAAAAGAGAACGGACCAAGGAAAUGACUGUGGUGAUUAAUCCUUACGAGUCUGCUUCUCAAGACAGCUUCAAUUCUUUGAGGAAGGCAUGCAUGGCAAAUAGAUCUGCCACUCACUUGACCAUCUGCGUUGGAAGUCAAGAGUUGGCAUCCUUUGAGUUCAACUUUUAUGAAAUCCCAGAAGUUGCUUGGGAGAAGACCCAGAUCCGUGCAUUGAGCAGUGCUUUGCUUGGUUUGCCUUGCUUGACCCAUCUCAAGAUUGACUUUUCCAAGCUUACUGCAGACGAAGAGGAUGGCAAGCCCUUUCUGGAACUGUUUUCGGCCUUGACCAGGGCCAAGAACCUGAAGCAUCUCAUGGUCAAAGGCUAUAUGCUACGCCAUUCAGAUGAAAUGUUCGGCCUCACCACCUCCAAGGAGGGGCCUCUCGCCAAGCUUUGCCAGCCCCUGCAGAACCACCCAUCGCUGGAGCACGUCACACUGUGUUUGCAAAGUGAUGAGCUUCCCAGGGAAGCAUCAGUAGCACCAAUUGUAAAGUCCUUUCAAUCUCUCCCCAAGCUCAAGAGUUUGGAGAUCACAGAUAAAGCUCGCAUGGCCUUUGGCAGGGCUCACCUUACCUGUGGUGGCCUUGACCUACAAGAUAUCCUUCAAACCAAAACUGGACUUGAGAGUCUCAAAAUGUGGUUGGGACAUCAUGCAGAGAAGGACCAUUGGGUGAAUGAAGAUCUCAAACAGGUUGCUCGAGGAUUGGAGGCCAACUCUUCCUUGCGUACCCUACUUCUGGGAGUUGAUCCCGACUCACGCAAAGCGAUGGCAGCAAAGCAGUUAGAUCAAACAGAUCACACGGCACGCACAGAGGCUAUGACGUCUAGCGAAUUCUUCCGUCAGGAUAGUGACAGUGACUACGAAGAAUCAGAUGAUGACGAAUCCCUUCCAAAGUACUUUGGCCACCGUGAGAUAUUCAGAUCAGACCCUAAGAAGGAACUCCUCCAUGUCUUUCAACAAGGACAGAACUGUACCCUUUGUGAAUUGUCUGUGUUUGACAUGGCUCUUCAUCCCAAAAUGGCAGUCUUUCUUGAACUGAACGGUACUGGAAGGAAGCACCUUGUGGACAUGAAUGCUGCCCCGGAACAAUGGAUGUCUCACAUUGUACUGAAGCAGCCACAACUCAGCUUGGAUGCCACGUUUGAAUUGCUGCGAAUGAAUCCAGUAGCUGCCUUGCCUGUUACGACUAGCAAAGAAGUCAAGAAGUCGAAGAAGAGCCGAACGAAGAAGUCUUGGCGAAAGAAGAUGACAAAGGUCAUGAGGAGAUGAAUUCGAACGACGUCCCGAACGAAAAACGAAUGGCCCUACAUUCAUUAUAAUAGUCUCGACACAUAAGUGCUAAAGAAAAGACUUGCAAAACAGGAACAUCUUUCUCAACCAUUAUAACUGUGGAAAAGUAGAGAUGAUUCGGUGGCGGUACCGGUUGGGGCCUUCUAUUAGAAGGUGGUAGAGCUGUUGUUUCCGAUCUUUGGAUCUUUCCUUCAGGACCUCCCACAAACGCAC